UCAGUUUCCUCAUUUGUACCCAUCUCAUUGGGCUGUUGUGAAAAUUAAAUGGGUUAAUACAUGAAAAGUGCUUAAACCAAGUAUUUGGUGUAAAGUGAGAGUUGGAUAGAAGCCAUCAUUACUAACCACCUGGGGAAACUUCAGCUGGAUUUGGUGUCCAGGCAUCCAACUGGAAAGGCCUGCUUGGGAGUGUCUUGUCAAUAUAAUUUGCAUAACGGUUGAGGUCUUGCUGACGUCAAGGUCUCCUUGCAGCUCCAGGUCAGAUAUAGUCCUGGAAGUAGUUCCUGUCACACAACAGUCCCACAGUCACCCCACCAACCUUGCUUCCUACCCAACUCCCAAAGCACCAGGAAGUGAAACAAAGCCCCGUGCUUCCAACUCACCCUUGUCCCUCUCAUCCCAUCCCCCAGGGUUCCACUUCCUCCUCCUCCUCCUUUUCACCUUCCAUCUCCUAUCCUAAAUGGCUCCCAGAAUGGGAACUAGAGGUGGGAAAAGCAUGGGAGACAUUAUACAAAAGUGAAGUGAGCUCCCCUACCCCACCCCCAAUUUCCUUAUUUCAUGCAUAUCCACCUUUCUCAGAAGGCAAGCCAUUUCUCACUCAAACUGAGAUAACAUCUCUGAGGCUGGUAAUGUUUUAUCCCAAGGGUGGAUUUACCACAGAGUCACAUUUGAAUCAGAAAUUUCACUGGGCAGUUUUGAAUAGUCCUAAGGGAAUGGAGACCUCUGUCGAGAGUAAGUUUCUCAGAGAAAAAGGGUCAACCUCUUGGAAAGGCUUUGGGAGCCAUCUGUGUGGUCAUCAAUGGCCUCAUUCUGACGUCCAGAUUGUCCUGGGACCCUGCACUGGGGUGGGGACAGUCCCAGAUUUGGGCCACCCUCCACUCCCACGCCCAACCUCACAGUCUCAGCUGUUUCACUGAGUGUUGCAUCAGGGAUGGUGAUGAAAUCGGUAUCAGCGGAUUUUACCCAUGGAUGCAACAGGCUGAAGGACCAGCCAGGGUCGCUGACACAGUGCACCUUCAACUAGCGAGAACCCUGGACUUUCUAGCCAUGGUGAAGGGCUUGGUGAUAGGAUGUCUCCAGUUGGAUUUCUAGACCACACUUACACACUGGUGUCCCCUAUCCCCAAAUCACCUGAACCCCACAGAGCCCAAGAAACUUGGGCCACUAAGGUUGAGGAAUCAGAUGGUUCUUAGCAACAGCUCUCUCCUCCCAACAGCACCCCCCCCCCCGCCCAGCCUCCAGAGUGAGGCCUGAAGUGAGGGAGCAGUAUACCUUAUACUGAACAGAUGUGGCUUCCCAGUUCACAAAAUGCCUUCAUGUCCAUUCUCUCCUAGUGAAAACAACACUUCUCAACAGAGAAAAAGAAGCCCUCUUAAUUCUUGGAUUGAGGGCAUCAGGUGGGAACCCAGCUUCAUUCCAAACUGAGCUUGCCAUCCUAUUGGGAGAUAAGGGAAUGCCUCUGUUUUGGUUUUUACUCAGGCAGGAGGUGAGGAAAUUAGGUUUGAAGGGAGGGCUAAUAUAGCUUAGAGACACAAAAAGAUGAGAAGGUUAAACAGGAAGGAAGUUGAGACUAGAUUCAUUUAAAUAUUUGCUGUUCCCACCCCUCCCCCUGUCUUCGGCCACUUUGAUUCCUGGAGAGCGUUACACAGAAGUCUCAUCCCAGGCCUCCAGCCACAGCCACCACACGACUCAUCUCCCCUGGAACUGAGGCUACUUACCUGGGCUCCCCACGGAGGGGGAUGAUGCAGGAGGGGAAUCCCACCUGCUGUGAGUCACCUGCUAGUUUAAAGGGCGGGUCUCACAAUGCAGGGACCUUAAAAAGAGACUCAGAGAACAAGGGGAGAAAAUCCACAGGAAGCAGCUCAGAAGCACGGUGAGCACAGAACAGACAGAAUCGGAUUCAGAGCAAGGGGAAGUGGACAGAGGUCCCACAGGACUGCACGGCACGCAGCCAGGCGGACUGGAGAGGCAGGCCACGAGAUGCUGGGGGACGGAGCCGUGCUGCUGCUGCUGCUGCUGCCCUGGACAGCUCAGGGCCGGGCUGUGUCAGAGGCCGGCGGCCCCGCUUGGGCUCGGGGCCAACAGCUCUCACGGCAACUCUGCGUGCUGGCCUGGAGGGCACACCCACCAAUGGGACAUGUGGAUCUACCAAGAGAAGAAGGAGGUGAUGAGACUACAGAGGAUGUCCCCCGUAUCCAGUGUGAGGAUGGCUGUGAUCCACAAGGACUCAGGGACAACAGUCAGUCCUGCUUGCAAAGGAUUCAUCAAGGCCUGGUUUUUUACGAGAAGCUGCUGGGUUCAGACAUUUUCACAGGAGAGCCUUCUCUACUCCCAGAUGGCCCUGUGGACCAGCUUCACGCCUCCGUACUGGGCCUCAGGGAACUCUUGCAGCCCGAGGGUCACCACUGGGAAACUGAGCAGACGCCAAGCCCUACUCCCAGCCAGCCAUGGCAGCGCCUCCUUCUCCGUCUCAAGAUCCUUCGGAGCCUCCAGGCCUUUGUGGCUGUAGCUGCCCGGGUCUUUGCCCAUGGAGCAGCAACUCUGAGCCCCUAAAGCCAGAAGCUCAAGGAUGGCACCCAGACCUCCAUGGCUCAGUAACGCUAAGAUCAGUCUAUCAACCUGGACACCUGUGAGCCAACAAGUUCAUCAGUCCGUUAAUUUUAAUGAGACUUAUUCUGUUGAAAAAUUACCAAAACUGACUGACUUAUGAUGUUGACCUAGGAGAGGCUGAAUAUUUAUUACAUGGGAAGGGAAUUUUGGGAUUAUUUAUAGUGGCAGGAGCUUGGGGAUGAGGAUUAUUUAUUAUAUUUAUACUGAAUUAUGUACUUUUUUCAAUAAAGACUUAUUUAUGUGGA